AACAACUGCUUCCUGCUCAACCUGGCCAUCUCCGACCUCUGCGUGGGUGCCUUCUGCAUCCCCUUCUACGUGCCCUAUGUGCUGACGGGGAGGUGGACCUUUGGGAAAACCUUCUGCAAGCUCUGGCUAGUCAUUGAUUAUCUGCUCUGCACCUCCUCAGUCUUCAACAUCGUCCUGAUUAGCUAUGACAGAUUCCUCUCUGUGACAAGAGCGGUCACAUACCGAGCCCAGCAAGGCAAUACGAAGCAAGCGGUGCUGAAGAUGGUGAUGGUGUGGGUGUUAGCCUUCCUGCUUUAUGGACCUGCAAUUAUCAGCUGGGAAUACAUCACAGGCCAGAGCAACAUCCCUGAUGGGGAAUGCUAUGCUGAGUUUUUCUACAACUGGUAUUUCCUCAUGACAGCCUCCACCCUGGAGUUCUUCACCCCCUUCAUCAGCGUCAUGUUUUUCAAUUUGAGCAUCUACAUGAACAUUCAGAGACGCACCAAAAUGCGCCUGGAUAUCUUUCAUGAAGUGCACAGCCAGUCCUUCACAGAAGGGAUGGAAACGAGCCCAGAAGCAAAGCUGUCUUUGAAAUGCUGCAAGUGGGAGCAGAAGGAGCCAGCUGAAUCCCCAGACCUUCCAAAAUGCGACAUGCCACAAGCAGCUGCUGAGGCCAGUCCGAGCCCCAGCGAUGCACUGAACGCGGGCUCCAAGAGCCCUGGGAAGCCAAAGACCUGCAACAAAAAGAACUGUAAAAACUCAGCCUCUACGCUGUCUUUAGAGAAACGGAUGCGGAUGGUCUCCCAGGGCAUCACGCAGCGGUUCAGGCUCUCCAGGGACAAGAAAGUGGCAAAAUCCCUAGCAGUGCUUGUAGGCAUUUUUGGGAUUUGCUGGGCACCAUACACCCUCCUCAUGAUCAUCCGAGCUGCUUGCCAUGGCCACUGCAUCCCUGACUACUGGUACGAGGCCUCCUUCUGGCUCCUGUGGAUCAAUUCUGCCGUCAACCCCGUGCUCUACCCCCUCUGCCACUACAGCUUCAGAAGAGCAUUCAUCAAACUCCUGUGCCCCAAGAAGCUCAAGAUCCAACCGCACAACUCCCUCCAGCACUGCUGGAAGUGAGUUGAUUCUCCCAAUUCAGUCGCUCCCAUGGGUGAGUUUGCUGUAAUUUGGGAUGUUGGAAGAGCAGAGCGGUCGCUCUUUCAGGGAGCAGGUAGCAGCAUAUUUAGUAUUAGCUUCUUAUGUGCUAUUGCUGGGGACAAAAAUGGGGAGACGGGCGGGGUUCACUUAAUGCAGUGCCACUUAACCACGUCCUUUACCACCUAUGUGUACAAAAGAUCGCUCGUGCCAAAGGGGGGAUGCCAUUUAUUGAAAAAAGAAAAGCCCAAUGUCAGUCUCAUCUAACCCCCUUUAAUGAAUACAUAGCUUAGCCAUUGGCAAGCUAGAUAUUGCUUGGGAUUGCAAGGUUCCCCACUUGCAGGUGCACGUGGGCAAGAUCGAGCAAAUGUCUCAAACAUUUCCUUGGGGUGGGGGGGAAAAAAACCAAGCUUAUUCAUUACAAACUAUUGGUGCUGCAGUAGUGUCUAAGACGAGAGUCGUAGCCCAAGACUCUGCUACUGUGCUGUACACAACAAUGGACAGUUGUCUGUCCCAGAGAGCUAAUAACCUAAGCAUCAGAUAAGGGAAGAUAAGGAGAGAAUACCGAGCAGCGUGAAAAGCAGGGACCAGGGUGCACCAGCUGGCUGUCAUAAGCUAUCCGUGUGUGUCUGUAACUGUGAUUUCCUGUCAUUAGAGCAGAUAAACCCCUCUGGUCAGGAGAUGCCACGGAUGCUCUAUGCCCAUGUUACAUACCUGUGAGCAGAAGCUUGAAGCCUUUUUCAAAGGUUUUGUUGUAUUGGAGGAGGGGUUUUCACCGCUUGUACAAGGGCCUGUGUUAGAAGCCGAGCGCUGUAAUUCAGGGCUGUCCAACCAUCAGCAGCCGGGGCUGCGUGCCCCGUGGUCCGUGCUAGCGGGAACCACACGCCAGUCAGAGCGACAGAGGCGGAGGCAGCAGGGUGGAAGCCCAGGGGCUGCUUGUUAACUCCUCGCAGGCCGCAUGCAGCCCGUGGGCUACCAGUUGGACAGCUCUGCUUCCCAAAUCAGCAGAUCUCCCAUGUGCACCACCUCUGGGCCCUGUCUGCACCUGACCAGGUGCUCACUGGAGUGGGGAGGGAGGAAUAGUCCUGGUCCUGGUCUCCUUAGGCCCUUCUCCCCCUCCCAUAAUGUUCCACGUGGCAUUUGCCCAUUGCACAAGGCUAGGGGAAGCAGGCGCGGCUUCGCGGUGCCACAUAAGAGCUCCUGGAGGUGCUUCUGUUCUGGGCCCUCUGUCAUUUCCCAAGUGAUCGGCCAGGCCUGCGAAGCCCAUGAUCUUCAAGGCUGUAAAACUCCUCAGAGUGCUCUGAAGCAGCUACCUGAAAACUUGCAAGCCUCUUAGUAAGCUUCUUAAAGCCUCCGGCUCUCCCAGGGCUGCUCACUGCGACACCCACAUUCAAGCAUCAGCUCACUGUUUCCCUAUUAGUCCUUUUGAUUCUUGCUAAAACUGCAAUUAAAUUUUGCCAUCUUCCACUACCUGAUUAAGCAUGGCACCCUCUAGGCCUGGAGAGCCUCCCCUCCAUCAGCCGCUCUACAUAAAAAUCUCACCUCUUUCAAACAGCUUUCCUCUCUUUUGCUCCCUGUACCCACCUGUACCCACCCCCUCUUCUGAUGUGCUGCCCCGUCUCUCACCUUGGGUUUGUCCGUCUUUCCUUGUUCAGACUACAUGCUCUUUGACUGUGCUUGUAAAGUACCAAGUGGAUUUACAAGUACUAUCACAAGUAUCCUUCCGAACAUAGCUGCAUAAGAAAUACAGCAAGAUUGGUCCCUGUGGGAUGCUGGAACUUACAUCAGAGUACUGAGAUCUGGAAAUUACCCCUGUAAUGGGAUUCAGCUACAGCGUGCGUCAGAUAUUAACUUCUUCACACUCUCAGCCCUGCUGGUGCGACACUGCUAAGUGUGGCCCAGUGAGUAGUUUAAGCCUCUUCUCUAAGAUUUUCUAUAUGUUUUGGGGAAAUGAGUGAUACAGCAGCAGUCACUGGCACAAGCCUGGUCUGCAAGAUCCCAUUUAGUAAGCCCCAGGAAGCGCUGUCCCCUCCUGCCCAAAUGACUGAUGGCCUUGGGUCAGAUAACACACGUGUCCAAUUGCAACACUGAGGUUUAGUGGCCCAGGGAGUAGGGCAAUAGGUCUGAGAGACCUGGGCUCUUUGGCACAACACUUUGUCUCUGCUUCCCAUCCAAUGCUUUGACAAUUCUUGCUUUUUUAGACUGUACCCUCUUCUGGGGCGGGGAAGGUUUCUGACUGUGAGUGCGUAUUACCUUCUGAUUUCAGCAGGGUUCUCAAGAUGCUAUUGUAACAUAAAGACAUAAUAAUUAGUUACCAUGGCAAAAGCUCAGAUUUAGCAGGACAGUAUAAAGGAACUGGAGGUCAUGAGUCUGAAAUUACAUCUGCAAAUAAGAGGUCCACGCGCUGUCAGGUAGCCCUAAAGUACCCUGUGACUUUGUGAUUCCCAAGUACACGUCGCUGCUGUCAACAUGGCUGUGUUUCUUGGCCUUUGCUAGGAAUAAAAGAAAUAAUAUACUCAUUCCAGUAACAUAUGUUGGUUAAAUCAAUAUUGUCAUCUAAAGUCAAAUUUUUGUCCUGGCUUGUGUGUGCAGUGUCCGGAUCUUGUAACAGGCUCAGUUUGGUAAUUAUUACAUACUGGUUAAGAUAUAUAUCCUUUGACACAAGGUAUAUACUAAGACUUGCUGUUUUGCGUACUGUCAAGUCAACUUGUUCCUUCCUUAUCUGCUGCCAACCUGU